AUGCAGCCGUUCAGCAUCCCGGUUCAAAUUACACUCCAGGGUGGCCGCCGGCGCCAGGGCAGGGCAGCCUUUUCUACCUCAGGGAGGAAGAGCAAUACAGACCACACUGAUGGAGACCCACCAGAUGGGCACAAGAAGCUGCCGUCCAGUGCUGGCGAGGACCGAGCCAUGCUGCUAGGGUUCGCAAUGAUGGGCUUCUCAGUUCUAAUGUUCUUCUUGUUUGGAAUAACCAUCCUAAAGCCUUUCAUGCUCAGCACUCAGAGAGAAGAAGCAAACUGCACCGCCAUCCACACACGUAUCACGGAUGAUGGGACGGACUGUGCCGUCCUCUGUGGUGUGGACUGUCAAGGUCAGGGCAGGUACCCUUGUCUUCAGGUGUUUGUGAACCUCACCCAUUCCGGUCAGAAAGCUCUCCUACAUUAUAAUGAAGAAGCUGUCCAGAUAAACUCCAAGUGCUUUUACACACCUAAGUGCCACCGAGAUUGGAAUGACUUGCUCCACAGUGCUCUGGACAUAAAGGAAUUCUUCGAUCACAAAAAUGGGACCCCCUUUUCGUGCUUCUACCAUCCAGACAGCCAAUCUGAAGACGUCAUUCUCAGAAAAAAGUAUGACCAAGUGGUUAUCUUCCACUGUUUAUUUUGGCCUUCCGUGACGCUGCUCGGCGGUGCCCUGAUCGUUGGCAUGGUACGGCUCACACAGUACCUGUCCCUGCUGUGCGAGAAGUACGGCGCUGCGCUCAGGGACGCGGCAGGUGGCAGGGGACCUGAUAUGGAACAGCAUCGAAGGAGUAGGGAAAUCUGA